UUUAAAGAUGAACCAACAUGAUAUUUAUAAAGUUAAAUCCUAUGAGAUCAAUAAGAGCCUAGAAAUAGGUAGGGGACAAUUUGGGGUUGUCUAUUAAUGCACGGAUACAAAAAACCCACAACUCAAAUUAUGUGCAAAGGUUAAAGUUGAUACUAACAUAGAUCAUUGAGGAAAGGUUGGAUGACCCAAAAACUCAAAGGGAAAUUGAGUUAAUGAAAAUUAUAAUGAUUAAUGCUAAGGGAAACAAAAAUAUUGUCGGAGUAGAAUACGUAGAGUAUACUAAAGAUGGAAUUGUGAUGAUUUUGGAAAAAUGUGAAAGUGAUCUCUAAACAGUUAUGGAGAAGAAGCUGAAGAGCGAGGACAAAUAUUUCAGACCAAGGGAAGCCCUAAACAUCCUUAAACAAUUAGUGAAUGGUUACAAGAUUCUAUAUUUCAAUGAUAUUAUACAUAGAGAUCUUAAACCUGCUAACAUAUUGAUUUUGAAUGGAGUUUACAAGGUACAUCAUAGUUCAAAUUCUUUUAGAUAGCCGACUUGGGUUUGGCGAGAGUCUUAGAAGGAUGCCAAGAAUUGACAAAAGUAGGAACGCCUAAAUAUGUAGCUCCUUAAUUGUAUUUUGAGAAAUACUUCUCAAAUUCUGCUGACAUUUUUUCAGUAACCUUUUACAUUUAUAACAUCUAGUUAGGAAUCAUCACUUAUGAAUUGAUUUAUGGUAAAUUGCCAUAUCCAAAUAUUAUAACCCAAUUAAAUCAAAUAAAAAAGGCUUUAAGGAGUUUAGAAAAAAACCCAGUCGUAGUGGAUAGAGAUUGGCCAGAGGUAAGAAUAUCGACAUUUUUAGAUGACUUCCGAUUUUGCUAAUUUGAUUGAAUAGAUGCUCAAAUAUCAUGAGAAAGAUAGAAUAUCUUGGGAGAAAUUAUUUAAACAUUAGCUUAUCUAAGAAGAAUCCAACAUAGUAGUGAAUCAAUCAGGGUAAGCAAUUACAUAAUACCCUUAGACUUAUCCAUAAUUCAGACUCCGACGAUGAAAAAGAAGAAGAGACUGUUUAAACUUAAUUUCCAGAAUAAAAGCCAGUUCAAACAUAGAACAUUGAAUAGUAAGUGCCUCAAUUUGCUUAAAAUUAACCUAAACCAACAUUUAUAACACCUCUCCCCUAGGCUUAAAAGUAAUCAUGAAAUAUAGAUUCUAGGCCACAACCAGUCCAAUUCACUCCAGGGAAAGUGUUUACUAAUCCUUUUCCUACUAAUUUUCCUGUUCCACCCAACACUAAUUCUUUUAUAGCACCUCAAGCAAACUAAUAACCCAAACAAUUUAUGAAUCCUUAAGCUUAAAGAUUCCCAAGCAUGGUCCAAAUGCAUAUAUUAGGAUAACCACUUAUAUUUUAAUAAGUCAAAGCAACUUCAGAUUAGAUUUUUUAAACAGGGUUUUUAAUGGAUUAAACAUUAGAGAAUUUAGAAAAAUAUGUGUAAUUGAUAGUUAAUAUAAUUUUAGGAACAUGUAAUCAUAAUUGAGAGCAGAGUUUUUUGGAAUCAAAUUAUACCUUCAUUGUUUGGCAUAGUGCUUCUAUGAACACUCAAGUGCUAUGUUAAAAUAAAAUUCGAAAAACCCAAACAAUUAAUGUUACUAUUCACUUCAAGUGGUUGAUUAGGAAAUUUAGAAAUAAAUAAAAUAUCAUUAAGUAAUAGCAUAGGAAUUGGAGAGAUGCAAUCUAACCUCAUACUACCCUGUGACCGAUAUUAAUCCAGAUUUUUGUAGUUACCUCCUGAAACUUAAUAACAUUACAUAAAACAAAGCAUUGUUUAUUUAUUCGAGUGAGACUAAGUAUUACCCGGAUUAUUUGUCGUAAUCAUAUUAUGAUUAACUUUAGAUUGUUAUAUUUUUUGGAAAGAGUCAAAGAUUUCAAUCAACGAUCCUUUGAGGAGAUAUAUAUACAAAUGUAGGAUAUAUCUAAAAAUUAAAAAAGCGAAUAAAUCAUGACGGAUUACCUUGGUAAGAGGCUUUUAAGUUGAAAUAUUAAAAAUUAUAACAUGUUAUUUA